CCCCCUCCCCGCCCUCCCCUCCUUUCUUUCGGCUCCCCCUCCCCCCUCUCCCCCCUUUCCCUCUCCGGUUGUCACAAGCCCGUCCCCGGCUGUAGCACGCCCCUACCAUGGCCCAAAACGACUAUAUUGAGUUGGCCCAGAAGCGCCAUGGCCAGCGCUUCGACCACGCCGAGCGCACCCGCAAGCGCAAGGCCCGCGAGGUCCACAAGCAGUCGCAGUUCGCCCAGAAGGUCCACGGCCUGCGCGCCAAGCUGCACAACCGCAAGCGCCGCGUCGAGAAGAUCCAGAUGAAGAAGACCAUCAAGAUGCACGAGGAGCGUGCCACCACCAAGCGCGACGACGACGCCGUCCCCGAUGGCGCCAUCCCCGCCUACCUCAUGGACCGCGAGGGCGUCAACCGGUCCAAGGUCCUGUCCAACAUGAUCAAGCAGAAGCGCAAGGAGAAGGCCGGCAAGUGGUCCGUCCCCCUGCCCAAGGUCCGCGGCAUGUCCGAGGAGGAGGUCUUCAAGGUUGUCAAGAGUGGCAAGCGCAAGUCCAACUCCUACAAGCGCAUGGUCACCAAGGUGACCUUCGUCGGCGAGGGCUUCACCCGCAAGCCCCCCAAGUUCGAGCGCUUCAUCCGGCCCAUGGGCCUGCGCUUCAAGAAGGCCCACGUCACCCACCCCGAGCUGCGCACCACCUUCAACCUGCCCAUCAUCGGCGUCAAGAAGAACCCCAACUCCGCCCUCUACACCCAGCUCGGUGUCAUCACCAAGGGUACCAUCAUCGAGGUCAAUGUCUCGGAGCUUGGUCUCGUCACCACCGGCGGCAAGGUCGUCUGGGGCAAGUACGCCCAGGUCACCAACAACCCGGAGAACGACGGCUGCAUCAAUGCCGUGCUCCUGGUCUAAGCGAGAGGCUGCCCAUAUCGCGCAUGCGCGCGCCUCCUUGUUUUUCCUGCCCUCUCUCGGGCGGGAGACCGACCGAAAGAUGGUCCCCUCCCCUUCUCAGAGCAUAGGCGAAAGUGCGCGCCGCCGGGUGCGUGUGCGUUUCUCCCCCCCCCCCCCACCCUGGUGUGCGCAUGUGUGGCGGCGGCCGUUAGAGAGAUUUGUGCCGCCCUCGCCCCUCCCCCCCCCCCUCC